AGGCAGUACGUAGCCUACUAGGGGGCGGAGCCUGAGAGACGCCAGCCCGGCCGUACAGAGAUGGCGGCGGCCGUGGUUGUGCGGGCUGGCAGCCGGUUUCCAGUGUCUUGGGCUGCGGGGACAGGCUCUUUGUGGACAAGGCAGCUUUAUCCAACUGCCUUACCUGCAAUUUCCAGUUUUACAUCGAGGGUCCCCCCUUGCAAUGGUAGUUUAGCAUUGCAAGGAGCCAGGAGUCAUCAUCAUACCAGCUUGGCCCAUGCUCUCCAGACUCAGUGUUGUAUUUCUGCUCCUAGCAGAUUGCUAGGACAACAACACAGACACUACAGUUUCUUCACCAAGUUGACAGCAGAUGAGUUGUGGAAAGGGGCCUUAGCUGAAUCUGGUGCCGGAGCAAGGAAAGGAAGAGGAAAAAGGAACAAGAAGAAAAGGAAGAAGGACCUAAACAAGGGCCAGAUUAUUGGUGAAGGACGCUCUGGUUUUCUCUGGCCCGGUUUGAAUGCCCCUGUUUUAAAACAUGGGGUGGUUCAGGGAGUUGGCCAAAGAGGCAAAGAAGAACAGGAGAGGCUACAAGCUGACAUGAUCCAGAAGAGAGAUGAAUGGGACAAAAAGAAAAAAAAGAGGAUUAAACGGGAAAGAGGCUGGACUGGAAGCUCUUGGGGAGGAAUCAGUUUAGGACCCCCAGAUCCUGGUCCUAAUGGAGAAACUUAUGAAGAUUUCGAUACCAGAAUACUCGAGGUACGAAGUGUUUUUAAUAUGACAGCAAAAGAAGGAAGGAAGAAGUCAGUGCGGGCCCUUGUGGUAGUUGGGAAUGGAAAAGGAGCUGCAGGUUUUGCUGUGGGAAAAGCUCCUGAUCGGAUCAGUGCUUUCAGAAAAGCAAAGAAUAGAGCAAUUCAUUAUUUGCAUUACAUAGAAAGAUAUGAAGACCACACAAUUUACCAUGAUAUUUCUUUAACAUUUAAGAAAACACACAUCAAGAUGAAGCAGCAGCCCAGAGGUCAUGGUCUUCGUUGUCAUCGAGCCAUUAUUACAAUUUGCAGACUAAUUGGAAUUAAAGAUUUGUAUGCAAAGGUUACUGGGUCUGUCAAUUUAAUUAAUAUAACCAGAGGAGUCUUCCGUGCAUUAUCAAAACAGGAAACUCAUCAGCAGCUGGCCGAGAAGCAAAGCCUUCAUGUCAUUGAAUUCCGGGAGGAAUGUGGUCCUCUGCCUAUAGUGGUCGCCUCUCCUCAAGGAGCAGUUAGAAAAGAGCCUGAGCCUGAAGAUGAGGUGCCAGAUACCAAAUUAGACUGGGAUGAAAUCAGGAUGAGUCAAGGACUGAAAAACUCAGUCUGGGCGAACUUAAAGAGAGCUGCAUCCUGAGCUUUCAGCUCCCGCUUGUAACUGAAUUAAGGCUUAAAUAUGUCAUGCCAUGAAAUCAACUUUUCAGGAAAAGUCAAUGUCUUAGGUGGGGACAGCACAGCUAUCGUUUCAAUGAAUGCAACUCUUUGUGAUUACUGUGCGUGGAAUUCUCAGUGUAUUGUUUAAUUUGCCGGCAAGCUGAGUUUUAAAUUCUGGACCUUCUCCUAAGGGCUAUGAUCAGAAGCACCCUUUUUCAAGUAUGUGAGACUCGGGAGUUCAGUGUAAUAUUAUAUCAUUAAGUAUACAAAUAAACCUGAUUUUGAUUUUUACAAAA